AUGACGACCGUCGCAGCCCGCGUCUCGUCGUUCCCAAUGCACCGGCGCUCGAGCGCAGCCUCGGGCACCUCGACCAAUGCCGCGACCGCCGUGGCCAUGUGCACGCCGUCCUCGUCGACCCUCUCCCUGUCCACCCUCGCGCGCCCGCCAUCACCAGACUGCACGUCUCCGUCGCCGCCAAAGGGCUGGUUCGCAGAGUAUCGCCAGCAACGCCGUGAAUCCCGCGCGGGCGCCAUCAUCACCGCGGGGCCGACGCUCGUCAACUGCUCCUACGACGUGGUCGCCGUGCUCGAGACACAGCAUGCCCUCGACGACUAUGUAUUCGCGCAGCAGGUCGUGUCAGAGUAUAUCAACGUCAAGCUCGCGCGCAAAAAGUCGAAAGACUACAUUCAUUUCAAGCUGGGCACGCUUGAGCGGAGGCUCCCUCUUCAGGCCGCAGCAUUCGUCGCAGCACGCGAAGAACACACACUCCGCACGUCGUACGUCCUGGCGCGGUACGCACGCCAGCAAGAAGCGCGCCUCGCGGCCCGCGCACACGAGCUGCGCAAGCUCUGCACCCCCGCCCCGCCGUACGUGUCCGAGCCGCCAGCGUACGACGUUGCGCUGGACGCGCCGAGCGACGACGCCAGCCCGCCAGAGUACGUCAAGGUGGAGGAGGUGGGCGAGGGGUGUGGCGACGAGUUUGUGUGGGUCAAGAUGGAGUAGGCGGGGCGAGUGCGAGCGCAGCGAGCACGAGCACGGCGUAUACACGGCACAACGCGCGCUCGUACAAGGCGCUGCAAGUAGACGAAAUGGCGUUGUGCCACAGCACCACGACACACGCCCCCACCACAACAACGACGCGUGGUACAGCAUCCACCACGCAGACAACCAGACAGCAUAGAACCGGCACACGCGUACCUACCCGCGUACACGACACAUGACACUACAACCACCGAGACACGACGACCGACACGCACGACCGACACUUUUUGUUUUCUAGGGACAAUGGUUUUAGCGGUGGCUGGACCGACGCACACCAUUGCAGCUACCAGCAGCAUCAUUGAUAGAUGGAGAAGACAGACACCGUUGUACAUUGACUGUUGUGAGAUGCGAGCUGCAAUACAGGCAACAA